AUGGGCGGCCGCACCCUGUUCCCACCCGGAACGUGCUCCUGCGGUACGUACCUCUCGGUUCACCUGGCAUGGAAGUUUGAGGUAGACGUUCCCGUCUGGUCCAAUCCAGUCCAGUCUAAUUCCGUCCAAUCCUCAUCCCCGCCAUUUUACCCGAACUUCGUGAUCGGUCUCCAGCAGUUUUCUUUUCUCGACUCACACUCCCUCCCCUUCGGUCACCCGUCCAUUCAGCAUCAAUCGAAGCUUGCCCACCGACGCCUCUGGCUCCAAACUACGGCCUACGAAUAUAGUCUACUCCGUACUCCGUACCUACAGUCCAUCGCCGGCUCAACCUGCCAUCGCCUACGGGUACUGUGCGGGAACAUUGCACCCCGACUUUCCGCUGCCCACGUUCCUUUGUCCCACGCACUGCUCCGCGCACUCUGGAAGCCCGGCCCAGGCCCGCUGCUAAUCACCCACCUACCAACCACUUUCCCUGUACCUCUUCGUAGAGGGAGCAAACAUGCGUUUCUUGGCUUCAACGUUUACUGCAUUCCUGCGCCGCCUCCAGCACAUACCGAUACCUACCUCUUGAACCCUGGAAUGGAGCCGUUGAACGAUAACCGCGUUCCCUUCCAACCGUCCUUUGUCCUCGUUGCCUUCCGCGCUGGACGAACAACGGCGAUAGCUUCGCAGUUCUUCGCCGUUAGCUGCGUACGGUCGCAACUGUACUGCAACGCUAAGUUGUCAAUCUUGGCCAUCAUAGCCAUCCAUACACGGACGUACAAACUACAAACACCUCCAGUCAAGGAUCAGACGCCUCUGGCAUGCGACAAGACGCCAGGGCAGGACGCCAAACAGGUCACCCCCCGCUUCAUCCCAUCUUGCGGCCCCGGCCUUAUAGCAUGCCCUAACCACCCGUCUGACGACGUCCCAUUGAGCACGGCCAGCGGAGGGGCCUUCUUGCUGGCAAUCCAGCAACCAGCCAUGCUCGACCCUCUUCCAUUCUCCCUGCCCGCGGCCUUCUCCUGGCAAGAGCAAACAAACCGUCUGAAUGGACAUGCACCUUGCCAUUCUACCACGGUUAGCGACGAAUAA